AUGUCUUCCUCUCGAACACAACCCUCUACUUCUUCGUCAGUUUGGCAACUCCAAUACAUGGAGCUCCACUUCUUCACCAAGAUUCGUUCCCUUCUGAAAUCCAAAGCAUCCUCACGCAAACGCAACCACCAAGACUCACUUGAGAAAUCAAGAACUCAUCAUGAUUCCGAAAAGGUGGACGCGCCGCCGGAAGCAGCACCGAAACCAACCGAGGACGAGAAUGAAGAGGUUGUGUUGCAGAGAACCGUGAAGAUGCUUCAUUUUGGAAGCUGCGAAGAGAAGGAGAAAGCUGCUAUCGAGAUCGAGAAACUUGCCAGAGAAGGCAGCAAGAUUCAGAGGCUCAUGGCUGAGCUUGGUGUUCUCCAGGCUCUUGUUUCUAUGGUUGCUUCUAAUGUCGUUGGCCACCAGAGAUCUGCUCUUAACGCUCUUAUACAGCUUUCUCAUGGAAGUUACAGGAACAAGAGGAUGAUGGUGAACGCCGGAAUAUGCUCAAAGCUACCCAAAAAUGUUGAGGUUCUAGACAUACCAACGAGACAUUGCUUUGCGGAGCUUCUGCUUUCAUUGUCGUCUCUAACAAAUACCCAAUUACCGGUAACUUCAUCGCAGAUUCUACCAUUCUUGAUCGACACUAUGAACUCUGAUACAACAGACAUAAAGAGCAAAGAGAUAUGCCUAGCUACCAUAAACAAUCUUUGCCUUGUGUUGGAGAACGCAGGACCACUGGUCUCAAACAUGGCAGUACAAACACUCCUAAACCUAAUGUCUGCAAAAGACUUGUCUGAGAUGGCGCUAGCAAGUCUAGGGCAAUUGGUGGUGACUCGCAUGGGUAAAAAAGCAGUGGAGGAUUGUUUGAUCGUGCCCAAAGGUUUGAUAGAGAUUUUAACAUGGGAAGAUAAGCCGAAAUGCCAAGAAUACUCAGUGUAUAUCCUAAUGGUAUUAGCUCAUCAAAGUUGGAGCCAGCGUGAGAAAAUGGCGAAGGCAGGGAUUGUGCCGGUACUUCUUGAAGUAUCCUUACUUGGAAGCCCUCUAGCCCAGAAGAGGGCUGUGAAACUUUUGCAGUGGUUCAAGGACGAGAGAAAUGUACGAAUGGGUCCUCAUUCCGGUCCACAAACUGGUCGGGUGAGUGCUAGGAUGGGAUCUCCAAUGAGCCAGAGAUCGGACGAAGAAGGUAAGAAGAUAAUGAAGAAUCUGGUGAAACAAAGUUUGUAUAAGAACAUGGAGUUGAUAACUGAACGAGGGAAUGCGAAUAUGGAGAGUGAAGGUUGUAGGCAUAAGACUUUCAUCAUCAGCACAAGCUCUAAAAGCUUGACUUAUUGA